UUUUGGCAGGUAAAAAUAUAUUUGUGUCAAAGAAUAAUUGUCAAUAGACCUAUAUAGUACAAGUUCUGGUUCUCUACAAUAAAUACAAUUUGAACAAAUUAAUAAAAUGUCGGACGGUGCAGGAAGUUGGUGUUUAAUUGAGAGUGAUCCCGGUGUAUUUACGGAACUUAUUCGUGAGUUUGGAUGCGAAGGAGUGCAGGUAGAAGAAAUAUGGAGUUUAGAUCGUGACCUCUUCAAAGAACUCGAACCUAUACAUGGACUAAUAUUCCUGUUUAAAUGGGUACAGGACGACGAAUCAGUUGGCACAGUAGUAAAGGACGAUCGUUUAGAUAAUAUAUUCUUUGCGAAACAAGUUAUAAAUAAUGCUUGCGCUACACAAGCUAUACUUAGCAUACUACUGAAUUGUAAUCACCAAGACAUUAACUUGGGACCGACACUUACUGAAUUCAAAGAAUUUUCACAGUCUUUCGACCCGUUCAACAAGGGCUUAACACUAAGUAAUGCGCCUAAAAUUCGUUCUGUGCAUAAUUCAUUUGCGCGACAAACACUCUACGAGCUAGACACUAAAAACCAAAACAAAGAUGAUGAUGUAUACCAUUUCAUCGGUUAUAUACCGAUCAAUGGCCGUUUAUAUGAGCUCGAUGGCUUGAAAGAAGGUCCAGUCGAUUUGGGCGCCGUGGCCACAGAUCAAAAUUGGAUCGAUGUGGUGCGCCCAAUAAUCGAAAAACGUAUGCAAAAGUACAGCGAAGGCGAAAUUCACUUUAAUCUUAUGGCGCUUGUGUCGGAUCGAUUGAAAAUAUAUCAGCAAAAAAUUGAUCAUCUUAUAAACACCGCCGAGGACGCCAUGGACACCGACGAGGAUAGACAGACUGAAAUCGCUAAAUUGCGUUCGAAAAUGGAGUACGAAGUUGAGAAACGGAAGCGAUAUAAAAUCGAAAACAUUCGUCGUAAGCAUAACUAUUUACCAUUUAUAGUAGAAUUACUAAAAAUGUUGGGCGAACAAGGCCAAUUAAUGCCUAUCUAUGAAAAGGCUAAACAACGCGCUGCAGAAAGAGAGGCUGCCGUUUCGAAAAGUAAAUCUUAAAACUUUAGCCACUGUGGGCCAUAUUCAAAAUUCUUAAACAUCGUUGACGCAUUUUUUCUUUACACUUGUAAAUGCUUUUAUUACAAAAGAAAAAAAUUAAUAAAAUCAAAUCAAUCGUUUAUAUAUAUACAUACAUAUAUUGCUAACGGAAUGACUGCCGAGGAGAAUGUGUAUAAUUCCCCUAAAAAGAUUGUUUAAAUUUUUGAAAACUUGAGAAAAUAGCAAAAUAAAUCUAACUUGUGCUAUUGCAAA